AUUGGUCGUGUGAAGAUGUCGCUUUCUCGCGCUCCGGUGACUGCCGCGUUUUCCUUCGUGGUUUCUGAGUAAUUAAACGUUUUGGUAUAAAAGUUAUCGAAUUAUUGAUUGAAAAUAAUUAAUCUGUGGAUCGUAAUAUAUAUAAAUACAUAUAUAUAAGUGAUUUACGAGGUGAAGUGCUAAAACGUGAUAGCAGCCUUGUGUAGGUCUAUUUGUGAGUUGAUCCAUCUUCUCGUGACUAUUAUAAUUGCUAUUUAGUGAAUUAAAACUUGGCAGAAAGUAGAGUAGGCCUAUUGAACGAAUUACAAAAAAUGUAUUUCUCCGAAUCUCCCCCGAAUAAUAGUAGUAGUUGCAGGUUCCCGGGCAAAUGUUCUUCAGCGUGCUUAGGCCAAUAGGCCUACGGUAGUGCAAUGAAAUUAUCGUCUCAAGUUCGUGACUUUUGGUAAACGUCGAACGGGUGUCGGUGGGCUCGAUCCCCCGCUUGAAGUCCCGUCCCCAACACCACCACCACCACCACCGCCACUCCCCCCCGGAGGCCCUAGUAUGAAGUGGGACGAUCACCCACAGGCGCCUUCUCCCACGUCCUCCUCGACCUCGUCCUCGUCUUCGAGUUCGUCCCCUUCGAGGUCGUCGUCCUCCACGACGACGAUGCUGGCGCGAAGCUGGGGAAGCAAACGGCAUCCUCUGCCCCCAAGUGACUCUCAGGAUUUGGAGGACGACAGUACUCUCACGGAGGGCGGGGGAGGAGGAGGAGGAGGAGGAGGAGGGACUGGAAGCUCAGCGGCUGAGGAUGGAGGAGCCGACGACGACGAUGAUGUCACUUUGCCUCGCUCUCCAAUCCCGACCCGACACGACCGCAGAAUGACCCGGACAGAGGCGUGCGACAUCCCGACCCUGGACGACUUCGAGCCCCGGAUCCCGCGCAUCGAGCUGCGGAGGCCCUCCCCCGUGGCCAGCAAGAAGAAGGGCAAGAGGGAAAGCACCGGCUGCGAGCCCUCGCCCAAGAGGGAGAGAGAUGCCCUGGGGGGGUCUAAGAAGGACCACGCGGCUGCUGCGAGCCCCACCUUCAGGAUGUGCGUCUCCGGCCUCAAGGAGGAGCUGGAGGAGGAAGACGAGGACGACUGCCUCGAGAGGCUGCUGGAGACGGAGGGCCCCCGGAGCCGCAGGGUCGUGGGGCGGAAGUACGACACGCUGCCAUACGACUUCCACCCGCGGGUGUUCCGGGAGGAUUCGUCGUUCACUCUCCAGAAGGACGACUGUCUUCAGGCCUCCAACGACAACUUCGAGGCCUUCCAGGCCCGGAGGUCGUCCUUCGGCUGCGAGUACGAGAAGAACCCUCUGUACUCGUGGGACGACCAGCUCUCCUCCAUUGGGCCAGAUGGGCCCCUGCAUCUAGACGACAUCGAAUCGGCGUCCGUCAGCGGUUCCCUGGGGAACCUCCUAGCGCUGGUGGAGAGGCACCUGGUCGCCCACGACCUAGCGAACAACAACAUGGGACCAAACAACGGCAACAACAACAAUAACAACAACAACGCGAAUAGCGCUUACGGCAGGAGAAUGUCGCACCACCUGUCUUUGAGCCACGCCAUCCGCAGCGUUCCCUUUUGGGGAGGCAGCAACAAGAACUUCGCCUCCGGGGGGCCCAAUACCCGUCUGGCACGGUCCCACACUAACUUGGCCCCGCCGCCGAAGAACGCCCCGCUCUCCAGGGCGUCGCGCUCCCAGGGGGACCUGCUUAGCGCCGUCCGACCCGUGCAGAUGAGCAGGAGAAAGUGGACCACCCUGAGGGGUAUAGCGGCCCUCAGCAAGGCCUUCUCUACCUCUUCGUUAUCACUGCGCCCCAAGAGAAGGCCGCCCCUCUCCGCUGCUACCGUAGACCUCGGGGUGUUGGACGGCCAUCGUAUGUGUCCCCACCUGGCGGCGCCACCUUCGACGUCCACUCGUCGGAGCGGGAGCUGGUCUCGCAGGCUGAGACUCCCCGACGUCAGGUUGGGUCAAGUUUACGCCACCCUGAGAGGGCGCAGAGCGCGGUCUGAUAGCUGUAACACCUCCAGCGCCUCUUCUUCGCCGUUCCACUCGAAGGUCUUCCGCUUCGACAACAGCCCGCAGCGCCUUCGAUGUGCGAGCUGCAACCCGAUGAUGUCCAUGACAUCCUACCAGUUAAGUUGGAAUGGAACUGUAGUGCUGUGAGUGGAGGCCGGCCAAAAAUAGUUCGGGCCUGCAUAAGCUUCUGGACGUACGCUCUUUUUGUUGGCAGCCUUUCGGAGAUUU